AUGUCGACCAACUCGCUCCCCUUCUCGGAAUUCGAGUCCCUGCUGCCCAAGCUGCUCACCGUCUUGGAGCUCACGCAGCAUCCAGAGGGCAUCGCCACCCAAGAGGCCAGACAGAGGCUUCUCCAAGCUACUAAAGACUUCAAAGCAUCUUUGAACCACGCGAAGGAGCUCGCGAACGCCUUGCCAGGCGGUGAGCUGCUGAUCAAGGAGCAGGACGAGGUCAUCGCCAUGCUGGGGAGAUUGAGGGACAGAAAAAGAGAGCAGCUGGCCCAGUUCUCGAGCAGAGAGAUCAGCGCGUCUAUUAGUGUGAGCCAGAGCAUGGCCAUAGAAGUCGACUCGACGGCUUCUACGCCUGCAUGA